UUUAGAGAGAGAUAAAUGGGAAAAGAAGAGAGAUAAUAAAAAUAUUAUGAGGAGAUACACAUCACUGAAAGCAAAAUCACAUCAACAACAACGACCAGCAUGGCAAUGGCCAUGGCUUCUUCUCCUCACGUACCUCAUAAAACUCAUCAAAUUUCCUCACCUUCCAAACCCACUUCCUCAAAACCCCUGCAACAGAACACCCCCUCAACUGAAUCAUCUCCAAAUUCAAAACCCGCUAAAGUUCCUACAAUUCGAGCUCGUUUAAGCCAAUUAUGUCAACAAGGUCGACCUGAUUUAGCACGUCGUCUCUUCGAAAGUAUUCCCAAACCAAAUACUGUUCUUUGGAAUACAAUUAUCAUUGGUUUCAUUUGUAACGGUAUGCCUAAUGAAGCUCUUAACUUCUAUUCUAGAAUGGCAAAUUCAUUCUCUAAAUCUGACUCUUAUACUUAUUCUUCUGCACUUAAAGCAUGUGCUGAAACUAAACAACUCAAGUUAGGAAAAAUUAUACAUUGUCAGGUUUUAAGGUCUCAUUCUAGUCUUACUAGAAUUGUUAGUAAUUCACUUCUCAAUAUGUACUCUAAUUGUUUAAACCCAUGUUUGGAAUUCCUGGAAAAUGAUAAAUGCGAGUUUGUUAAAGUCGAUUUAGUACAGAGAGUGUUUGGUAAUAUGCGUAAGAGAAAUGUUAUUGCUUGGAAUACCAUGAUAUCGUGGUAUACUAACACAGGUAGAUAUUUAGAAGCGUUGAAGUUGUUCAAAACUAUGAUGAAUAUGGGUAUUAAACCCACUGUUGUUAGUUUUAUUAAUGUCUUUCCAACAAUUGCGGGAAUUGAGGAUUGCAAGAGUUCUGCUGUUCUUUAUGGGUUGCUUCUUAAAUUGGGUACUGAUUAUGCUAGUGAUUUGUUUGCUGUGAGUUCGGCAAUUUUCAUGUUUUCUGAGCUUGGUGACAUCGAUACCGCUAGACAAGUUUUCAGUUUGUCUAGAGAGAGGAAUAUUGAGAUUUGGAAUACCAUGAUUGGGGGGUAUGUACAGAAUGACCUUUAUGAUGAAGCUCUCGAGAUGUUUCUUCAAAUCCUUGAGUUGGACCAGAUUAGUCCUGAUACUGUGACUUUUCUUACUACUCUAACAGCAGUUUCUCAGUUACAGAGAUUAGAAUUGGGGCAACAGUUACAUGCUUACCUUAUUAAGAAUUCAAUGGUACAUUCUGUAGUUAUUUCAAAUGCACUCAUUUCUUUGUAUUCGAGGUGCAAUUAUGUCGGGGUAGGAUUUGGAGUUUUUGACAAGAUGCUUGAAAGAGAUGUCGUUUCCUGGAAUACCAUGAUUUCUGCUUUUGUGCAGAACGGGUUGGAUGAUGAAGGAUUGAUGUUAGUGUACGGAAUGCAAAAGGAAGGAAUCUUAAUUGAUUCAGUCACUGCCACUGCUUUGCUAUCUGCAGCAUCGAAUCUUAAGAACCAUAGAAUUGGGAAAGAAACUCAUGCUUAUCUCUUUAGACACGGAAUUCGAUUUGAAGGAAUGGAUAGCUAUCUGAUUGAUAUGUAUGCCAAAUCUGGCUUAAUUGAUACUGCAAAACGGAUAUUUGAAAACAAUUGCAUCCAUUCUAGAGAUCUAGUUACAUGGAAUUCAAUGAUUGCGGGUUACACACAAAAUGGGCAGAUUGAACAAGCUUUCAGUGCCCUAAGGGAGAUGAUCGAGAAGAAUGAGGUGCCUAAUUCUGUAACACUGUCCUCUGUUCUUCCAGCCUGCAGUUUAGCAGGUGGAAUCAGUGUAGGUAAACAGUUACACUGUUUCGCUCUUCGCCACUCUAUGGAUCUAAAUGUCUUUGUCGGUACUGCUCUGUUAGAUAUGUACUCCAAAUGUGGUUCUAUAAAUUAUGCUGAGCGAGUUUUUAAUAUGAUUCAGGACACCAAUUCUGUGACAUACACCACCAUGAUACUCGGCUUUGGCCAGCAUGGGUUAGGUGAAAGAGCGCUCUCUUUAUUUCGAUCCAUGUCAGGGUCUAACAUGAAACCCGACACAAUCACAUUUGUUGCAAUAUUGUCUGCUUGUAGUUAUUCCAAUUUAGUUGAUGAAGGUCUUGAAAUUUUCGAAUCAAUGGAGAGGGAGUACAGAAUCAAACCCACAGCUGAGCAUUAUUGCUGUGUUGUAGACAUGUUAGGUAGGGCUGGAAGAGUGGCGGAGGCUUAUGAGUUUGCGGAGAAAUUAGGUGAUGAGGGUAAUCUUGUAGGAAUUUGGGGUUCACUUCUUGGGGCAUGUAGAAUUCAUGGAGAACUUGAAUUGGGGCAGGUAGUUUCUGAGAGAUUGUUUGAGUUGGAGGAAGGAAAUCGCAUUGCUGGUUAUCACGUUCUGAUGUCAAAUAUAUACGCUGAGGAGGGAAUGUGGGAAAACGCUGAUACAGUGAGACAAGGGAUGAGAGAGAUGGGUUAUAGAAAACAAGUUGGGUGCAGUUGGAUUGUGGUUGGUGGUGUUACGAACUAUUUCACGUCCAGGGACCAAAAACACCCACAUAGUGAAGCAAUAUAUGCCAAGUUGGAUGAAUUGGCGAUGGAGAUUAAAGCAGCUGGUCAUAGGCGUACAAUCAGUGGCAAUGUAGAUGACAUGUUGGAGGUUUAGGACUAUUUUUUUUGAAGAUUUGGUAUAAAUCCCUGGAACUGGUGUUUUAACUGAAUUUCACAACAGUGUACCUCUGGCAGUCGUGGCUGACAACAAGCGAAGGCAGUACCUCAGGCAUCAAAACUAAGAUCAUCUGGCGAUUAGUUCAUUAAAGAAACAUGUCCAUAUCUUAAAAGCAGUAGCCUGUUCCUGCUGAACUUGGAAAAAAGAAGGCAACAUUGUACCUUAAAACCAAAUAUGUACAGGUCGCUUAAUUACAUGGAUCAGCAGCAGCGGUGUUUGCUGGUACGUAGUAAUUGCAAGGCAUUCAUCAUCAUUCCAUGUAAGCAGAUGCUGUGAAGAAGAGCAAUUUAAUCUGUUUGAGCCAACUGUUGCUCAAAGCUUUGUUGUAUACUUACUGUAUUAAAGAUUUGUAUUCUUACUUACAAGAGUAUAUUAGUAGAGGAUCCAUCCAUUCAGAAGCUAUCAUUAAUUCUCAUAA